AUGUCCAGAAGAAACUACACUGAAGUCACAGAAUUUAUUCUUUUGGGUCUAACGAGUCACCCAGAACUACGAGUCGCUUUCUUUGUUCUGUUCCUCGUUGUCUAUAUUGUUACAGUGAUAGGAAACCUGGGAAUGAUCGUUUUAAUCAAAAUCGAUUCUCGACUUCACACUCCCAUGUACUUCUUUCUCUCAAGCUUGUCUGUGUUGGAUCUGUGUUUCUCCACCAAUGUUACUCCCAAAAUGCUAGAGAAUUUCUUAUCCGAGAAGAAGACCAUCUCAUAUGCAGGUUGCUUGGUGCAGUGCUAUAUUGUCAUUGCCGUGGUCCUUACAGAACACUGCAUGUUGGCCGUCAUGGCUUAUGACCGCUACAUGGCCAUCUGUAACCCACUGCUCUACAGUAGCAAGAUGUCCAAGAGUGUGUGCAUUUGGCUGGUCAUUGUCCCUUACGUCUACGGCUUUCUCCUCAGUGUGAUGGAAACCCUGAGGACCUACAACCUCUCCUUCUGUGGUGCGAAUGAAAUUAACCAUUUCUACUGUGCCGACCCUCCCCUUAUCAAGCUGGCAUGCUCUGACACCUACAGCAAAGAGCUCUCGAUGUACAUCGUAGCGGGCUACAGCAACGUCCAGUCCCUCCUCAUCAUCCUCACCUCCUACAUGUUCAUCCUUGUUGCCGUCCUCAAAAGCCGCUCAGCAGAAGGCAGGAAAAAGGCUUUUUCCACCUGUGGCUCUCACCUCACAGUCGUCACCGUUUUCUACGGGACUCUCUUCUGCAUGCACCUGAGACGGCCCACCGAGGAGUCUGUGGAGCAGGGGAAGAUGGUGGCUGUGUUCUACACCACCGUGAUCCCCAUGCUCAACCCCAUGAUCUACAGCCUCAGAAACAAGGACGUGAAGGAAGCCUUGAGAAAAGCAAUAGGGAAGCAAAAAUUGGCUAAAUAA